AUGCGAAGCGUGUCGCCCCCCAUCCACACCUCCCGCUUCGCCAGAGAUUUCGGGAUGCUGAUGUGCGCAGACCUGCCCCCCGUGAAGCCCUCGGCCAUCGCGCUGGGCACCUUCUUCAACCACGGCAUCGAGCUGGCCGUGCUGGGCCCCGUCUUCGGCCAGACCUACCAGCGCGCCAAGCAGGCCAACACCAAGGAGGAGUUCAUCAAGUCCAAGGAAGCCAGCGGCGCUGCCAUCGCCUGGGGCACCUCUUUUGUCGGCUCGGCCCUCCAGAGCUAUGGUGUUGGCGCGUUGAUCAAUGCCACGGGGACCCUGAGCUACAAGGGCGCUGCGUACCUGGGCGGCUUGAUCUUUGCCGCGACGGCGGCUCCUGGAUUCCUUGCCCAAAUCUUCUCGGAGAAGCGCCCCAUCGAUACCGUCGGUGUCAGCAUCGCCGCCAAGCUUGUGGAAACUGUUGGAUUGUCACUGUUCCUGACUUGGUGGGGUACUCGUACUAACCCCUUUGACUAA